CCACAAGCACAGCAGCUCACGGAGAUGAACCAACAUGGCAGACGACGAGGAUUCUGUGCGAGUCGAGGAGCGAGUCAAAAUUAAAAUAGGAGAGGCAAAAAAUCUGCCUCGUCGCUCUCACAGCUCAGAAGGACGAGAUGUUUUUUGCACCUUGUCUCUCGACCAGGAGGAAAUUUACAGGACGUCGACAAUUUCAAACACACUAGACCCGUAUUUUGGUGAAGAGUUUGAGUUUGAGGUCCCAAGACUGUUCCGUUUUUUGUCUGUUUAUGUCAGAGACAAUGUUGGUCCAGGGACCUCCAGAGUGAUAGGAAAAGUCGCACUCAGGAGACAGCACCUCUCAAAUAUUCAUGACAAAGAUCACUGGUUUCCUCUCAAGCCUGUGGACGCAGACUCAGAAGUUCAGGGAAAAGUUCAUCUAGAAUUCAAAGUUGAAACUAUUGUUCCAAACAACUCGACUUCAGAGCCAAAGCACCGUCUUAGUGUCAGACUAAUUGAGUGUGCAGAGUUGAGUGUGAAAAAUGGUGCUUGUGAUCCUUAUGCAGUCGUGUCCCUUCUGUAUUCAAAUGGUCGCGUGUUAUCAAAGAAGUCUCGAAUAAAAAAGAAAACCACCAGUCCUUUUUUCGACGAGUGUUUUUUCUUCGAACUUCCAGAUUUUGACAGGGAUGAUCUGCGAGCGUCAGUGCGGUCUAAAGCGUCAACGUCAACAUCUCAGUUGUAUCAGUUGCGCGACAGUCCUGAGGCUGUUGAGCUUCAGGUGUCCAUCAGACAUGACACGGCCGGUACGACGGAGGCAGCCUUUCUUGGAGAGGUCAAGAUCAACCUGCAGGGGCUGCUGUCAAUGGACCAGAAGCCCAUUUGGUACUUGUUGAACCCCAGAGACGGUGCUCGGUCGCCCACGUCUAGUUCGCAAAACAUCGAUCUUGGCUCAAUUCGUCUCCGCAUUCACUACACAGCCGACCACGUUCUGCCUUCGGCUGCAUACUCGUCGCUCAGGGAAUUGCUUUUGGCAAGCACUUCUGCUCAACCUGUUUCGAGCAGUGCGGCAUUUUUGCUGGGUGAAAUUGUCGGAGCCAAGUUGGACGCAGCUCAGCCUCUUGUGAGAUUCUUCAUGCACCAUGAAAAAUUUGUCCAGCUCAUCAAAGUUUUGGCAACUCACGAAAUUGCAAGAGUAAUCGACCCAAACACAAUAUUCCGUGGAAACUCAUUAGCUUCCAAGCUUGUGGAUGAACUGAUGAGGGUGUCGGGUCCGCAUUAUUUGCGCAGCACCCUGAAGCCUGUCAUUGAUGCCGUCCUAACCGAAAAGAAACCAUGCGAAGUCGACCCGCUCCGACUUGACAAACCAGAAGAAGCAGCAGCUAACUUAGAGAAUCUUGUUGGUUAUGUCAAGCAAGUUUUCAAAGCAAUCACAAGCUCGGCGCUGCAGUGUCCAGCCCUUAUGUGUGAGGCAUUCCACCAGCUGCAGCAAAUUGCCUGCUCAUUCUUCCCUACCAACAAUGAAGUCCGAUACUCAGUUAUCUCUGGAUUCAUAUUCUUGCGAUUCUUCGCACCUGCUAUUCUUGGACCUCGGCUUUUUGAUCUCACAACAGAAACAAUUGACCCUGUAACGUACCGCACUCUUACGUUAAUUUCCAAGACUGUGCAGAGCUUAGGCAACCUAGUAAGCUGCCGAGCUGGCCAAACUGUCAGUUGUCGGAAGGAGGAGUACAUGGAGCCCGUCCACAGGGCAAGUUACACCGAGGAUCACAUCAAUGCAGUUCGCCAAUUUUUAGAAAUUAUUUCUGCGUCAUCGAAUCCAGACCAGCAUGGUAUGGCAGAGCCCGUCAUGUUAAAAGAAGGAAUGCUCAUAAAACGUGCUCAAGGUCGAAAGAAAUUUGGGAGGAAAAACUUCAAAAAGAGGUUUUUCAAACUGACAACACAAGACCUCAGUUAUUCUGAGAAGAAAGGAGAGCCUCCGUUGUUCUGCAUUCCAUUGUCGGACAUUCUGGCAGUGGAGCGACUUCAAGAGGAUUCAUUCAAAAAGAAAAACAUGUUCCAAAUUGUCCAGCCAAACGGAAGGGCCCUCUAUGUUCAGGCUGGAAACUGUGUUGCGGAAAAGGAAUGGGUAGAUCUGCUGACCAAGAUCUGUCAAACGAAUAAACAGCGACUAAAGCAUUACCAUCCUGCAGCAUAUCUGAAUGGGAAUUGGCUAUGCUGUCGGCAAACAAGAGAGGACGCUGAAGGUUGUCGAGACGUCACAAGUGGACUUCAGGGCGCUGGGUUGCAGCUCAGCCUUGAUCCAGACCGCGAGCUGGAACGCAUUCACUCAUUGUUUGCAGCGCACUUGAACAAAUUGGAAACAUUGAAAGGUAUUGACGCUGCCUGCGAGCUCCAAGCGUUUUCUGCUGACUCCUCCGAAAGUACAACAAACAAUUCACUAGCCAAUGCUUCACUGCCACCUCUUAUCGAAGAUGCCAGGUCGUGCUACAACACUCUUCGCUCUCUGAAAGAUAUUACUCUCAAGUUGGUGCAGCGGCACCGUAGCCACCUCAACUCGGCACAGUCGCGCACUCAGCUUGGAACAAUACAUGCUCCUAUUGGGGAUGAUAAUUACCUGCUUUUGACCACAAGAGCAAGUUUGCUGCCUGACAGACAAAUUUAAAUUGUGCUUCAAACUGUUAUAAACUGAAACCUGUAGGUUUUAUGACUGUAGAUGAUUGUAAAAUUUUAAAUUUGUAGAAACUUGUUAGACGUCGUUGACGGUCUGAGAUUGGGAAACAUACAUUUUUUUUUUUAUCUUAAUGGAGGAUGACUUUUAACACUUUUUAACAUUCAUUGUUCCUACGAAUUCUUAGGAACUAACGCAACUUAAAUUACUUAAAUACAACUGCAACUCCUAUUAUUUGUAAUUAAUGUUUAAUAACUUCUGUUCUUCCUGCAUAGACUACUUGCAGUUGAUUGAAUACUUACCUUUAAAUAAUUUAUUAUUCGCAUGUUAAUUAUGAAUUAUUUAAAUUUCUCUGUUAAUAGUUUCUUGGAUGCAUUUCACUUUGGUAUAAUGAAUAUUAUAUAUGAAAUAAUUUAUAGCCGUGCAGUGCGAUCGAUCACUAUUCCUCAAAGCAACUGCCUCGGUUUUGUACACCAUUAGACAGUUAAGCGUGGUAAUUAGUUGAACUUUUCUGUGAUGAAAUUUAAAAAUUUGCGAACAAUGAUUUUGGAUGAAAUCAGUAUUACACUAAAUAUGUUAUUAACAUUGAGACUCUUAAGCACAAGAUUAAUGAUUUGUUUACAACUGACUUUGGCUUCUUACAUAAUUUUGAUACAUUUUUUUAAAACAUCACACAGCUUGUGUGUAGCUACAAUUAAUUUAUUUAACACUUAGAGUUACAUGCUUCAUUCGAACUUUGUUUUUAUUUACCUGGGCAUUUAGAGAACAUAGAGUUUAGUUGCAAAAGAGUGCCUUAUUCUUGUGAGAAAAAUAAAUGAAGAGAAUGUAGCUCAAAAAAACCUGUUGGCUGCGAUGCUGCGUUUUAGGGCUUUGCCAAAUCAUUGUCAAUUUCUUGGAAAUUUUAUUCCAAAUUUUAAAUAAAACUAACAGAUUUUAUAAGCAUA